CGCUGCCCGCCCCGCUGCCCAGACGCCGGCCAGCCCCAGCAUGAGCCUCAGCUUCCCUAUACCUGACUGGGACGACGACACCUUCUCCUACCCGGUACUUUAAAUAAAGGAAAACAACAUCUAGGGAGUGGGAAAAAUAUUCAUUGCCGUGAAAGGAUGUAAUCCUGAAUGGGCCGUCCAAUGGAAAAGUAAGUGUCAAGAAGAAAAACAAGAGUGUGAAGAGGAAGCAUGAAGUUGAAGGGACAGUAAAAAAAGUUCAGCCAGGAAAUGAUGAGCGUCCAUUGCAAGCCAUCAAGAAGAGGAAAAAAGAUAAAAUAGAAAAAAUACAUCAAGAAAAAGGUGGUAAAAGUGUCGUGGCACCCUCUAAAGAUGGGCAAAAGAAGAAAAAAAAAAAAGAACAAAAGGAUGCCAGAGAUGGGGAUGAUUCCUUUGAAAUUCCCCUAAACCAGGAAAAGAGCAAAAGCAAUGCUGCUGAACUGGUACAGACAAAGACUGAAAAUAAGUCUUUCUCACAAAAGAGGAAGAAAAACAGAAAAAAUAAGAAUAAGUACAAAGAUUUGAACUUAAAACAGAAUGCAGAGAAGAUGGCACAUAACUGUGCAGAAAGUAAAGACCAUAUAGGAAACCAGGUGAAGUUUGAGCAACAAGACUCAGGAAGUAUUGAAAAAAAUGUAAGCAUUGUAAUUCAAGCUGACAUAUCAAAUGAGGAGGUGCAAUCCAGACCCAAGAAAAAAGUUAAAAAUAAAGUUAAGAACAAAAUAGAUUUGUUUGAGAGUAAGUACAACAAUGUGUCACAAGAAAGCAGCACAGUUGAUGAGGAUAAUGAUCAUUCACCAGCCAUCAGUGUUGAUGUGAAGAAAAAGAAGAAGAAAAAGAAACCAACCAAUAAGUCUCUUGAUUCUCAUACUCUGCCACACAAUAAAGAAACACAAGAAUGCACUCUGAAUGGAGGCACUGCACAAAAGCUUGAAGUUAAGAAAAAAAACAAGAUCAAAGGUAAGAAAAUGGAAAAUUCUAUGGGCAUUGAGAAAUCUGGGAAAGAUGAUGAUAAUGAUAAACAAGAUGGAGCAGUGAAGAAAAAGAAGAAGAAAAAGAAAGAAAUAAUAACAGAAAACGAAAUGUCAUUGAAAGUUAAGGAUACUGAUUCACCUAAGAAAGCAAAGUUAGAAAAACAGAAAAGUAAGGGAAAACUCUUAAAAACAGAAGAUAGUGAAGCAGAAGAGAUGAUAUUUGAUGGAAAUGAAGAAUGCAGUGAAGAGUUCAACAAGGACUUUGAUGUUCUCUUGUCAAGUCUGAAUUUUAAUCAGUUCAACAGCAAAAAAAAAUCAAAGAAAAAGGGUAGUGAUGAUGGUGGAAAGUCAGAGGUGGUAAAUGGCAGGGACUCAUUAGAAAAAGAAGGGGGUGGUAAAGAUGAUGGAAAUACUAAAGGUGUGACGGGCAAAAAAAGAAAGAGAGACAGUGCCAAAGCAGACAUUAAGGAUAUCAAUGGUAGACAGAAAAAAAUGAAGACAAAAGCAAAUAAUACAGUUGCUGCAGAAGAACCCAAAACUCCCAUCAGAAAGGGUACCAAAUUUAACCAUGAAAAGCUUUCCAAGCUGCUGGAACAAGCUGCCAGCAUAGAGCGGGCCAAGCCUAGUCCUAGUCCUAGUCUUCCAGCAAACCCGGCUGACAAACUCAAGAAAAAAAUGGAAGAUAGACUUAUGGCAGCGAGAUUCAGGCUAGUGAACCAGGAACUGUACACCCAGAGCAGCACUGAUGCAAAGGAGUUGUUCAAGAAGGACCCAGAAGCUUUUCAUGUUUACCACCAGGGCUACCAAGCACAGGUCCGGCAAUGGCCAGUUAAUCCUUUGGACCUGAUCGUCACAUGGCUCAGUAAAAAACCAAAAGAAUGGGUGGUAGCUGACAUGGGGUGUGGAGAGGCAACCCUAGCUGUGAAAGUGCCCCAAAGCCAUGUCCAUUCCCUGGACCUGGUGGCAGCCAAUGCCCGGGUGACGGCUUGUGACAUGGCCCACACUCCCCUGGCAGCAGCCUCAGUGGAUGUAGUAGUGUUUUGCCUCUCCCUCAUGGGCACCAACCUUAAAGACUUCAUGAUUGAGGCAAACAGGAUACUAAGAGAAGGGGGCAUUCUGAAAAUUGCUGAGGUAGAGAGUCGGUGUGGAGAUUUGAAGGAGUUUGAAAAGCAGCUGAGCAAAUUUGGCUUCCAUUGCACAGGUAGGGAUACUUCCUUCCAAUACUUCUUCCUCCUUGAAUUCAAGAAGAACCGCAAGCUCAAGAAGAUGGCAGCCCUCCCAGAGCUUCAUCUAAAGCCAUGUCUCUACAAGAAGCGAUGAACCUUAACUUAAGGUUAGGCCUCAUUUCUGUACAGAACCACCCAAUUGUGGCAUAUUGCUUUAUAUUGGACUGAUUCUUCAAUACAUGUUUUUUAACUUUUCAAUGAAUUAUCAUUUAACAUUCUAGUGUGUACUAUUAUAGGGGUGAAGGACAUCACUAAUUCAGUCAAUGUCUAGUUCCUUAAUGAUCAAAUAAUGUCAGGGAAGCUAGAACUUUUUUUGUAUGGACAAAAUAUUACCCAAGGGCUGAAAACAAGUGUUCUCAUGUUGCUCCUAAGAAGAGGGCAGCAAGAUUUUGCAAAUUUUUAGUCUAAUCUACAUAGUGUCAUUUAUGCCUUUGUAUUCUUUUAAAAUAGUCAGGUCCUUGUAAGGAGAAAAAAAUGGAGGGAAAAUAGAGUAUCAAACCUGAUUUUUUCAAACUGGAAUUUUCAAGCCAAUAAUUAUAGAAAACAAGACAAAUAAUGCAUUUUUUACACACCUUUGCACUAAUAUAUAUUAUAAAAAAAAUAAUGUUGAACUAUAGGUAAAUAAGUACUGUAACAGAUAACUUAAUUUAUGAGAGAGGUCAGUAUUCAUGACUGUUCACAAACAUGCUGGCAAGGUUGUCAGGUCAUGCCAUUCAUGGCAUUUUUUGCCAUAAGUCUCAGUUGUCUCAAACAAAUGCCCUUUUUUUAUGGUAUGUGUUCCCAUAAAAAUGCAAUGUCAUUUUCUGCCAUUUUAGGAGGAAAUUAUAAAGGAAUCCAGUAAAAACUGACUUCUUACAUAAUUUGAAACUUCAUCGAACAAAGUGUACUAGUAGUGUCACUAAUGUUGUACAUCGUUGUCCUUCGGGACAGCAGAUGACGGGAAUUCCUGUAAUGCCUUUCUCCGCCUGAGCGGGAAUUCCUGUAAGCCGUCCUUUAGGGGUUAAGGCCUAGUUCAAACUACUCUGUUUUGUUGUAGCACUAGGUGCUUCUCCUUGCACCAAAGAAAUUAAAGUCAGUCCAUUUUUAAAACAUCUCCUCAUAUGGGUUAGCAAAAAAACAAAAAAAAAACAACAAAAAACAAUAUACAAGAUUUAAGGCAGGCCACUGGGCAGUCAUGUUGAGUCGCUGACCUGCUUCCUCUGUCUAUAGUUGUUUUAUCAUCGAUGUUCAAAUAGUGUCAACCAUUCUUCCAUUUCUACAGUUAUUUUUGGGGAAAAUACAGUAAUAGCUGCAGACGUAAACAAAUGUACAGGGUUGAGAAGCUAAUUUAAAUGGGAUUUCAAUAGAAAAUAAUGGGUAUUUUGCCAAUAAACCCCAUUGCCUUGUCACAUUC